GCGGCAAGUGUUGAGCCCACCGUGAUGUAUACAAACAAACACGAAUUCGAAUCCUGAAAAAACUGAGUGAGUUGAGUUUGAUCUCCGUUUAAUAAUUAAUUAUUCUAACAAAAUGACCACCGUAAAUGACCCAGAACUCCAUGCAAAAGUGAAGAAAACGACGGAGAAAAUUUCCGAAAAUAUGCACAUUAUUGCGAAUGAGCCCAGCUUGGCGUUCUACAGGAUACAGGAACACGUCCGGAAGGUGAUUCCUUUGAUUGUGGACCGUAGGGCUGAAGUCUACCAGCUGCAGCAAGACCUGCAAGGGAAAUGCUACGAUAUGGAAUAUGCAAUUCAGGCAGUGAAGGACAUCGAAGCGGCCGAUGACUCACUGCGAAACGUCCAGGAAGCGCUGAAGAAUGCCAUUUUCCUCAAGCAGCAACUGAAAUACAUGGAAUCACGACGACCGAAGAAGGAUGCCAACAGUUCCGUGUAUAAGCGACUGUCCGCCCACAUCACCCUAGAUUUACCGGACCUUCCGGACAUUUCCGGUGUGGUGCGGGAAACGACGAACCGUGUGGAGCAUAUGAUGUCCCAGGCGAGAAGUUCCUCCUCGGGUAACGGAGUGGGACCGGCGGAGCUUCAGCGAUCCUACACGACACUGCAUUAAAAAAGCUAAUGUUGCCCCUGUUGUAGACAGAGCACGGUUUGUUUCUGUGAUUAUUGUUCAGUUUUAUUCGAUUUAUGUUGACUGACAAUGUGGAAAUAUAAUAAGGACUUUUAUUUGAUUUAUAUCGUGAAUAAAGAAAUCAUUAACUGACGAACGGAA